GCAUUUCUACCUUGGGAGGCGAACAAGGUUCAAGGCGCUCUAACCUCGACACGAUCACGGUUCUUCGUCCUUGUGAGCGCCCGCUGCUCUCACCCGUACACUUACCACGAACUGGACACGCCCACUCCAUCCGAUUGACUCGGAGUAGUAGUAACUUAGCUACCAGAUUGACGCACUGCUCGUUGCUCCCAAAACAUCGUUGCCUGCGGACUCUGCAGAGUAUUACCUAUAGCGAUGCAACGCAGCUCGACGAGCGACGCCAUAGUAGCUACCUCACUGGCAGCAUCCGGAAACACUGCCAGUGCUGAGGCUACCGACUCUGACCGGUUCCACGUACAAGAACCCAACGUGGUCCAUGACGAUGAAUUUUGGUACCCGGACGGAAGCAUCGUCCUCAUCGCCGAGCGGCGCGCGUUUCGCGUUUAUCGCGGAAUCCUGGUGCAGGAAUCCGUCGUCUUUCGCGAUCUCCUAUCGUCAGGCUUGCCUCAACCCGAAGGCACCCCAGAGAUAGAUCGAUGUCCGUUGUUGCAACUGGAGGACUCCGCGGAGGAUCUGCGUCAUUUCCUACGGUUUUUGUUAUGCAGGAGACACUUCGUGCCUCUGGAGGAUCCGAUCCCGUUCUCUGCUGUCGCAGCAAUCAUCAGGCUUGGUCAUAAAUACCAGGUUGACAUUGCUGAGAAAGAAGGACUUCGCCUUCUCCAGACGAUUUUCGUGACAGAAUUUCACGACAAACCGAGCAUAGUCGAUGGGCACAUCGACUGUGACUGGGCGGAAAUGAUUCCUGGACCCCGGCCGCAGUCGACAUCGAAGCCUACUAUCCAGUACAAACAACGUGAUGCUAUCACCGCCGCUAAAUUAGCGAGGCUCACCGAUGUUCUGGAGAUUCUCCCCACGGCGUUCUACGUUUGUUGUCAGCUGGACAUCGGAACCCUUCUGCAAGGCAACGGGACGGAUUCGCUCGGUCAAAGCGAUCUGAUCACUUGUCUCAACGGUCGGGACGCCCUGUCCUGUGCAAAUGCAGAGGCAACGUGCCGCAUAUUCGAACCACCACCUAGGAGCAAGUGGUUCCACGCCUGCAAUCGGAGGGAAGCAUGCAGGGCUGCCCGCGACUCGAUCUUCUCUGAUGAUGACCUUAUUGGCUCACUUCUGCUCCGGCGGAAUAUCCUCAUGGGCUGGCAGGAUAUAAUUGAGUCAAACGGGUUUUGCGAUGUCUGUGAUUCGCACUUGUCCGAAAGAGCCAGUGAAGAGGUGCAGAGGGCUUGGGACCACCUUCCAAGUUACUUCUCACUUGAUAUCUCUCCUUGGAAUUUGGAGGCAUCGAGUGAAACCGAGUAGCCCGGGGCCCGCAUCAAGCUCCGCCUUGUCUGCUAUGUAGCGUAAGAAUGUCUCUGUCCCUCGUUGUCUAUGCAGGCUCAGUACCAAGUGCUUUCAUCUGUCGGACUGACUGUAUGUACUAUGAUAUGAUACAUUUCGUCUCAG